AUGAUGAUGUUGGAGACGUACUGCAGAGUGAUGCAGCCGGCACCUGUGAUAUGGACGUUCGCCCCCCGGCCGUCGAUGGUCUUGAAGCUGUUCACGAUGAGCUCCUCCUUGAGGUGGAUCAUCAUGUUCGCGGAGAAGACGAUCCAGAGGGGUUCCUCCUGA